AUGGCUGCUCCCCAAGUUUACGGCCAGCAAAAUGACCCCGCGGGGGAUUUGCAGCGACAGAUGGCCACGGCGGCCGCACAAACCGGUGCUCGUGCCGCUGCAGAGAGGGGGAGGGCGGGUGUUUACGAAGUCACGGCCUACAUCCAGGAGAACCCAGCCAGUCUGAAGACCAUGUGCUUUUGCAUCGGCUUGCUACUCAUGAUUUUCAGCAUCGUGACCCUCAUCAACCCAUUUGCAGUCUUGUUCAUGCCGAGACACUACCUGGCCAACAUCUACAACAUCAUGUUUGGGGUGAUCAUUUGCAUCUGUGACGGCAAGGAGUCCUGGAUGCGAAGUUGCGGCGAUGUCCAAGCGAAGCUUUUCCAGAAGGCAUUCAUUCUGGCAAACCCGGCAGGCCGUGCGAUGUUUUACAUCUAUGUCGGCACGAUGACGAUGCUUUUGGUGCCAGGGGAUGGUUUGUGGAUGAUCAUCUACAUCAUUUUAGGGUCGGCCUUGUGCCUUCUGGCUUUGACCAUGCUCUUCAUGCAGUACUGCGGUCAUUUGUGUGGAGGGCGGAAUUAUGGACACAUGAACACUCAGAAUUCCGGCCAGGUCUAG